CACCAAUUUCGACAAAUACAGAAUUAUAUAAAUUAUUUAAUGACACAAAUGAGUGUCAUCAAUAUAUAAACGACAAUAACGACAAACAAUUUACUAUUAUCAUUAUAUUUCAUGUUGAGCCACUAGCUAGCAUUGAACAACUUGUUGCCAGUCUCGAGUUAUUAAUUCAGAUUAUUUCUAUGUAUAUUUUUUUCGGCGAUGGUGAUCAACACGAUAAUUGGAAAACUCAAUACACAAAACUGAAGUCGAUAAACACAAUUCCAAAUCAAAAACGAGUUAGUCAACUUUGUUAUGAAAUAUGUGAUCAGAAUAUUGACUAUUAUAAGGCAAAAAGUAGUAGCCAUAAACGAAAACGAGAGUUUUCUGUAGCUAAGAUGUACAGUAAUGAACAAAAGAAGCUUUCAGCCCUGAUGAUAGGAAGCAUGCAGAGAGAAUGUAAUUUUGCGAAGAAACAAAAACUAGCUUGGGAAAAAAAAGAAAAACGAUGUGAAGAUGCAAUAGAGAUUCGAAAAGUUAAAAUAAAUCAGAUUGAAUUAGAAGAUGAAGAUAACAUAGGCGUUCCACCUUCGUAG